AUGGGAAAACUAAAUGUUACCGUGCUGCGUUAUCUAACCAAGGAGGAUUUUCGGGUCUUGACAGCUAUUGAAAUGGGUAUGAAAAAUCAUGAACUUGUACCUGGACCAUUGGCGGCAGCCAUUGCCAACUUAAAGGCCGGCGGUGUACACAAAAUCCUCAAGGAGUUGUGUAAACACAAAUUGUUGUCCUAUGAACGGGGAAAGAAAUAUGAUGGCUAUCGUUUAACCAACACCGGCUACGAUUAUUUGGCUUUGAAAUCCCUAACGCUACGUGGUUCUGUUGCCUCUUUUGGUAAUCAAAUUGGUAUUGGCAAGGAAUCAAAUAUUUACGUUGUGGCCGAUGAAGAGGGUAAACCCAUAUGUUUGAAGCUGCAUCGUUUGGGUCGUACCUGUUUCCGUAAUAUUAAAUCGAAACGUGAUUAUCAUGGACGUCGUCAUAAGGCAUCAUGGUUGUAUUUAUCACGUAUUUCAGCCACCCGUGAAUAUGCCUAUAUGACGGCAUUGUAUGAACGUGGUUUUCCCGUACCCAAACCCAUCGAUUUCAAUCGUCAUUGUGUUCUCAUGGAAUUGGUUAAUGGCUGGCCAAUGACCCAAAUCCAUGAGCUGCGUGAUCCCGAACAAGUCUAUGAUGACUUGAUGAAUUUAAUUGUCCGCCUGGGUAAUUCUGGUGUUAUUCAUGGUGAUUUCAAUGAAUUCAAUUUAAUGUUGGGCGAUGAUGGCAAACCCAUUUUGAUUGAUUUUCCCCAAAUGAUGUCCACCUCCCAUGAGAAUGCUGAAUUCUUCUUCGAUCGUGACGUUAACUGUGUACGCGAACUCUUCCGCCGCAAAUACAAUUAUGAAAGUGAAGACUAUCCGAAAUUUUCAGAUCUAAAGAGAGAAGAUGAUUUAGAUACUGAAGUCCAUUGUACAGGUUAUGGUUUCACCAAAGAAAUGGAAAAGGAUUUGUUGCAGGAAUAUGGCAUGAUUGAAGAAUCCGAUGAAGAAGAAUAUGAAGAUGACGAGGAUACCGUACCCAAGCUAGUUGAUGGUGCAAAUAACUAUACAAAUGAUGAAUUGGAUGAAUAUCGUAAACAGUUACAAAAUGAAAUUAGUUUUAGUGAAGUGAAAUCCUCCAAGCAAGCCGAUGAUUCGAUAAGGAAAUAUAUUGAAUCAUGUACCCAGUAUUUGGGUAAUAUUAAAAUUGGACCAGAAGUUGAUAUACCAGAAGAUAUACCAACUCCCAAAUUAAUUAAUACAAAUAAAAAUAAAGAUACCAAACAACAACAAGAAACAGAAAACAAAAAAUCUUCUGACGAAACUGCCAAUGAUGAUAAUGAUUCCAAUAAGGCUGAUAAUGACUCUGAUGCCCAUUCAAUGAGUUCCAAUGACUUAGAAACCGAUAAUGUACCUGAAUUGGCCAAUGUAGAUCCUAAUUCACGCAUGUAUCGUUUAAAAAUGGUUGAAAAACUCUUGAAUGAUGCUCGCUCACAACGUUCAUAUUCUACAACUGCCAGUACCAUUGCUCCGUCCGUUAUUACGGAUCGUAUUAAGCGUAAUAUGGAUAAAAAGGAAAUUAUCGAACAGCGUAAACGUUGUGUGGCCAAGGGUGAAGCCAGUGCUGUACAUCGUCAUCGUAAAGAGAAUAAGAGUGUUGUUAAAGAAUAUGCUGGCUGGGAUUUUUAAAAAAAU